AUGGUGUCGGGUGAAGAGCGAGAUCGGUUGAUUGACUGUUUGAAUGAAUUCAGGAGGUGCAACCCCCGCAUCUUCGAUGGGGAGAAGGUAGAUCAUUGGGUUGUAGAAAAAUGGUUGAUGCAUAUGGAGAAGCUGUUUCAUGAUACCUUUGUUGAGGAGCAGGACAGGAUGGAGAGGGAUUUGCGUGGUCUGCGACAUAGGGACAGGACAGCGGCAGAGUAUGAGCGGGAGUUCUCUCGGCUUCUGCAUUGUGUACCAUUUGUGGGCAGGGAUGACGAGGAUAAGGCCCGUAUCUUCAAGGUGGGUCUUCGAUUGUCGAUCUUCAGGUUGGUCCAGGCGUCGAAUCUGCCUAUAUAUUGGGAAGUGGUGAACUGUGCACUUAUUGUGGAGAAAGGCGUAGAGAUUACUAAAGAGGAAAUGAGAGGUUUUGAUCGAGGGAAAGGAAAAAGGGCGGAAAGUGCUUCUUGCCAGUUAAAGGAUUAUGAAAAGAACUACCCUAUACAAGAUUUAGAGUUGGUAGUCGUAGUUUUUGUAUUAAAGCUAUGGCGUCAUUAUCUAUAUGGUGAGCGGUGCGAGGUAUAUACAGAUCACAAGAGUUUAAAGUACUUGUUUGCACAGAAAGAACUGAACUUGAGGCAAUGCAAAUGGCUCGAAUUGCUCAAGAAUUAUGAUCUAACAAUUUUAUACCAUCCGAGAAAAGCUAAUGUGGUGGCGGAUGCGCUAAGUCGCAAGUCGACUCAGAAUUUGGCAAUGCUUGUAACCUCGCAACCACCAUUAAUAGAAGAGAUGACACAGUUGGAACUAGAAGUUGUGGCUCCCGACACACCUUUGCGGUUAAUGCCAUUAGUGGUACAGCCUACUCUGAUGGAUAGGAUAAAAGAAAAGCAAGUUCUUGAUGAAGAAUUGCAAAGGAACCGAUCAAAGAUCACUGAAGGCAUGUAUAUCCCCAAACCACCCCAACCGGUGUUCUUCUCAUGCUGGAAGCUGAGUAAACUCAGGCUUGUUUUGAAGUACUUAGAGGAGUUUGGAAAGUGA